UUCAGACCAGAUCCAGCACUCAGAACCAGCGACUUCAGAACAUCACAACACGAUUCUAGUCUGCUUUAAUAUUAUACAUAUUAUAUUUAUAUAUAUACACACACCACACACACCUCAAAAUAACCUGGAGGAUUGUCUCUGGAAACAUGCGCAAUGCUGCUGCUGCUGCUGCUGCUGAUCAGGUCGGACCAACACGAGGUUUGUGAACCUGACUGCCUGCUGUUUGGAUUAAACAUGGUUUAGAUUUCAUUCUAAACCUCUGAUUGUCGGACUCGGACUUGAGCUAAAAGAUUUUUAUUACAUCUGAAAGAAAUUCUACUGGAUCCUGGAACUUGGCAGCGCUUCGGUUAAUAGAGCUGUGCGUCUGGACUGGAGAGAUUUUGGAUGGGGCGCACACACUGCAUCUCCAGCUCAGCAGAACCGAACGUGUGUGUGCUCGAGAGACGAAGCUGCCAGCUCCAUGAGCUCCACGCCGAGACGCCUGGGACUCUUAUGAUCCGCCUGGACUGCCGUCCCCAAAAAUUCGCCCCUGGCAUUCGAGGAAAGGAGCGCAGGCUGGAGCCGAACCGAGGGGAUUCGGACGAGGAAGCUCAGAGAUUAAAGGAUGCAAUGACGCACCUGCACGAGUCGGGCUGGUACUGGGGCUCGAUGACAGCGGCCGAAGCUAAAGAGGUUCUGAUCGAGGCUCUGGACGGUUCCUUCCUAGUGAGAGACAGUUCGAACCCGGGCUACCUCCUCACCCUGUCCGUGAAAACAGUGCUGGGUCCGACUCACCUCCGCCUCGAGUACUCCAACGGCCACUUCGGCUUCGACUCGGUGGUGAUGGCUCGGCCUCACCUCCGCCAGUUCAAGGGCGUGCUGGACCUGGUGCAGUAUUACACCCUGGCGUAUCGCAGACAGGCCACCCAGAAAGAAGCAGGCGUGAACCACGACGCCCUACACACGGGAGAGAACACUCUCCAACUGCAACUGAGUAAACCGCUGCACAAAACAGCGUGCAGUUUACAGCACCUCUGCCGCGUGGUCAUAAACCAACACUCACAGAACCACAGAGAUUUACCUUUACCUCAGAGGCUGAAGGACUUCCUGUGGGAGUACCCAUUCAUCCUAUAGACUGCUUCUUCAUGUCCAGUAUUGUUUUGUAUUGUAAUUCGGGCUUCCCUGUGUGUUCCUAGUAACAAGCGUCAAUACUCUCAUAUAAUAUUCAUAGGAAUCCCAACCUGUCGUCGUAUUGGAUUAGUGAUUAAUAAAUGUACAAUAGCGCCCACUUAUCCAGGGUAAAUGUGUUCUAAGACCCCCCGCGGAUGCCAGAAAUCGUGUUUACUACCAAACCCGUUUUUUGUUUUCACUUCGCUGAAGCUCUUCACGGCUUCUCUUUGGUUUUGCCGGCUUCCAGCAUCAUUAAUUUUGCACUUUGGGGCCAAAUUAUGGAAAACAAGUUAUUUUAGGACUCAGAACGGAGUGCAAAUUAAAACCUAUGAAUUGUUUCUUUCAGGUCAUUUUAUUCCAUAUUAUCAGAAAGUGAAUCCACCAAUAAGAAGGGAGGCUACUGUAAAUAAAGCUGCCAUAAUUAACCCCGCCCUUUGUCAUAUCCAUGACCAAUCAGAACAUGAACAUCUAUUUAAUUACAGGAUUAAUAAAAAAUAAAGAAUUCCUUCAUAAAUGA